UCUAGUUGCUUCGGGAUAAAUAUAUACGUUACAAGUUACAAAGGGUUGUUAUACACAUUCAGGCUAGCAUCGGAGGUGAAAGUCGCCGAUGUAGUGUAGCAGCCUAUACGAAUCUAGAAAAUCGAGCUCCACAGCAAUGGCGUGUGCUAGGUUUCUCACUCUAAAACCCAUCCAUGGAACGUCGACGCUCUCUCAGUUUCACCGUCCUCGAAUUCAAACCUUCUGCAAGGUUAGGGCUUUUUCCGCCCUCAUGUCACCGACGUCUACAGCGGUCUUCUAUGAGAAUCACGGUCCUCCAGAUACUGUCACAAAAGUGAUCGAACUUCCUCCGGUUGAAGUUAAAGAAAAUGACGUGUGUGUUAAAAUGCUUGCUUCUCCGAUCAAUCCAUCCGACGUUAACAGAAUUGAAGGUGUCUACCCUGUGAGGCCACCGGUGCCUGCUGUUGGGGGAUAUGAGGGUGUUGGAGAAGUACACUCUGUAGGCUCAGCAGUACAAGGUCUUUCUCCAGGAGAUUUGGUCAUGGCGUCCCCACCAUCAGCUGGGACAUGGCAGACACAUGUUGUUAAAGAUAAAAGUUUGUGGCACAAAAUUGAUAGAUAUACGCCAGUGGAAUAUGCUGCCACAGUCACAAUUAAUCCUUUGACUGCCUUAAGGAUGAUAGAGGACUAUGUGGAACUCAAAGCAGGAGACGCAAUUGUGCAAAACGGAGCAACCAGUAUGGUUGGGCAAUGUGUCAUUCAGCUUGCUAAAAUUCGUGGCAUUCAUACCAUUAAUAUCAUAAGGGACAGGACCGGGUCAGAUGAAGCGAAAGAGAAACUCAAGAAACUUGGUGCUGAUGAAGUGUAUACUGAGAGCCAGCUUGAAGUGAAGAAUAUUAAGAGUCUUUUGGGUAAUGUACCUGAACCUGCUUUGGGAUUUAACUGUGUUGGUGGUAAUGCUGCUUCUUUGGUACUCAAAUUCUUAAGGCAGGGUGGAACGAUGGUGACCUAUGGUGGAAUGGCUAAGAAGCCUAUAACUGUAUCAACUUCGUCCUUCAUAUUUAAAGAGCUUUCCUUGAAAGGAUUCUGGUUGCAAAAAUGGAUUAGUGCAGGUAAAACAGAAGAGUGCAGAGAAAUGAUAGAUUACCUUUUGGGCUUGGUUCGUGAAGGAAAAUUGAAAUAUGACAUGGAGCUUGUUCCCUUCAGCGAAUUUCACACGGCGUUGGAUAAGGCACUCGGAAAGCACGGAAGCCAGCCUAAGCAAGUCAUAAAGUUCUAAUCUUCCCUUUGGUUUGUACAAAUAUUGGAAAGGAAUAAAUAAAUGGGCUCAAAAGUUGCAUAC